CUCGCUAUACACCAAGUCACUUGGCUCUGUCAUAACCUCACAUGGGCUCUCCUAUCAUUGCUAUGCAGACGACACACAAUUAAUCUUCUCCUUUCCCCCUUCUGAUGACCAGGUGGCGAAUCGCAUCUCUGCAUGUCUGGCAGACAUAUCAGUGUGGAUGACGGAUCACCACCUCAAGCUGAACCUCGGCAAGACGGAGCUGCUCUUCCUCCCGGGGAAGGACUGCCCGUUCCAUGAUCUCGCCAUCACGGUUGACAACUCCAUUGUGUCCUCCUCCCAGAGUGCUAAGAACCUUGGCGUGAUCCUGGACAACACCCUGUCGUUCUCAACUAACAUCAAGGCGGUGGCCCGUUCCUGUAGGUUCAUGCUCUACAACAUCCACAGAGUACGACCCUGCCUCACACAGGAAGCGGCGCAGGUCCUAAUCCAGGCACUUGUCAUCUCCUGUCUGGAUUACUGCAACUCGCUGUUGGCUGGGCUCCCUGCCUGUGCCAUUAAACCCCUACAACUCAUCCAGAACGCCGCAGCCCGUCUGGUGUUCAACCUUCCCAAGUUCUCUCACGUCACCCCGCUCCUCCGCUCUCUCCACUGGCUUCCAGUUGAAGCUCGCAUCCGCUACAAGACCAUGGUGCUUGCCUACGGAGCUGUGAGGGGAACGGCACCUCAGUACCUCCAGGCUCUGAUCAGGCCCUACACCCAAACAAGGGCACUGCGUUCAUCCACCUCUGGCCUGCUCGCCUCCCUACCACUGAGGAAGUACAGUUCCCGCUCAGCCCAGUCAAAACUGUUCGCUGCUCUGGCCCCCCAAUGGUGGAACAAACUCCCUCACGACGCCAGGACAGCGGAGUCAAUCACCACCUUCCGGAGACACCUGAAACCCCACCUCUUUAAGGAAUACCUAGGAUAGGAUAAGUAAUCCUUCUCACUCCCCCCCCCCCCUAAAAGAUUUAGAUGCACUAUUGUAAAGUGGCUGUUCC